AUGACUUCCGAAAAUACUCUUGUGCUGCUUUGCUUCAUCAAAAGACGCCAGGAUUUAACGGAAGACCAGUUCUACGAGUACUGGGAGAAGAUUCAUGGUCCUAAGAUCGCACCGUGGGCUCUCAAGCAUGGGAUCGUUGGAUACAAGCAGAUACAUACGCGAGCAACUAUACGUGGAUCCUUUGCCGCCGCCGUCCCAUUACCUCUGUCGACUGUCGAUUUUGACGGUGCCGUGAUAUGGGAAUUUCCCAGUCUGGAUACAUUUUUGAGUGCCUUCUCACACCCUUAUUACGUCAAUGUGAUUGCCCCCGAUGAGAAGAAUUUCCUCGAGAAGACAUUGAAUGAGACCGCCACCGUUACUAUGGGGUACUUACGCCCGAUUGUAUCGGAGGGAGAAUCGACGGUGGAAUGUGAUGAUCAACUGGCUCUUUUCGAGCAAUGGGAACGUGAAGAAUAA